UAAAAAUACCGCAAAGGCUCUAACAUGUUGGUAUAUACUAAACAGCUGAUUAUUUAAACGGAACUGAUUGAGUAAACAAAUCAUUUAAAUGCAUUAAAAAUGGUAAAAAAGGGACAAACGAAACGGCAGCCAUGGGUGAAGAAUCUCUACUCCAACCGGGAAUAUCCAGACAACUAUACGGAUGCCAGCUUUCUGAAGGAGCUGCGAAUGAAUCUACAUUGUCGAAUAUACACACUCACCGAAGCGAUUGCCGGCAUUACAGUACUUAAUAAUCAAAUAUCUUGCAUCACCGGCUUCCUAAUACUCUACCAACUUAUGCUAAGCGACAGCGUAUCGCCCAGCACGAUACUGAUGCCCAGUUGUGGCAUCACGGGCAUCGGGUACCUGUGCUACCGAGGAAGGAGUCUCAGCUGGUCUCUGCUGGGCGAGGACUCCAAAACCCUUGUCACGGUAGUCUUCUUCGGAUACCUGUUCUCUCCGAUGCUGCACACCCUAACGCAGGCCAUCAGCACGGACACCAUAUACACGAUGACCUUCUUUGUCCUUCUGGGCAACCUGAUAUUUGGGCACUAUGGAUUGGAUGUGGCCAUGGUGUCUAAGGCCAUUUCGCUGAAUGCCGCGAUAUUUGGUGCCAUUUGCCUAGCCUCCCGCCUGCCGACUUCAUAUCACGCCUUCGUGCUCCUCGUCGAAGCUGCCGUCUUUUUCGUCCUGUAUCCCAUAAUGACGGAAGCAAAUUGGCAUGCUGGAUUCAUGGUGCCUAUAUUUGCAAUAUGCUGUAUGGCGCUGUACUGUAUAUCGCGUCCAGUACUCUAUCUCUACGCCUCCACCACCAUUUUCCUCAACUUUGUCUGCCCGUUCAUAUUCGUGUGUCAGCAGCAGUACAAGUUCAACAUCCACGGACCCUGGGACGAGGCUAUCGUGGAGGAGAACACCGAGGAGAACCUGGAUGACAACUUAUAGCGGCAGCUCCGCUUCUCAGAACUGUUGCCGCCACGACUGGGUGACGGCGACGUCGGGGAGCACUUCACUGAUCACUAACCCGUUGCACGCUUAUCUGUAUAACUUUGUAAGCUCAUUCCAAACCAUUGUAAUAAUUAAUAUUUUUUUAUCAUGUUAUCUGCUAGCUUGUAAGUAGCCUUUUAACAAAUUAUACUUUUCAAAAGUCUA